GGUCGAGUCCUCAACGCCCGGGUGCCCUUCCGGCCUGGUGAGGUCAUCUUCGAAGAGAGGCCUCUGCACAUCGUCACCGAGGACUCUCAGAACGAGGCGUUCAAGCUCGUGCGCAGGCUGUGCAGGCAGGAUCCGGACAACUUCUUCCAGGAGCCGUUGUGGUACUGGGCGGCGGUGUGCUCGCUGACCUCCGAGCAGGUCCAGCCCGGCCCAAAGAAGGGCUCCUUGCCACGAGUGACGGCCGACCAGCAGCGGCGGCUGCUGUGCCUGUACCACGAGCCCGUGGACGAGGCCUCGGAGGCUGUGGAGCGCCUCGUCAGGGAGCUCAGGCUGAACGUCAGCGCGGUGUUGCUGGAGGAGCUGUUGCAGGCGUGGAUUCUGAAUUGCUUCGACCAUUCCGAGGCACCUCAGGGCUACGCGGCCUACUUCGGGUCAUCCUUCAUGUCCCACUCCUGCCAGCCCAACGCCAUUUGGCACUUCGCAGAGGGGACCAGCACUCCCGAUACUUUCGUCUUGGUAGCGAGGCGAGACAUAGCUUCCGGUGACGAGGUGUGCAUCUCGUACGUCUCUGAGCGGGUCCUGCUCCAGUCUUCCUCCGCCAGGAAGAAGGAGCUGCAGUCCUCCAAGAAGUUCAUCUGCACCUGCGAGCGUUGUGGUCCAGGCGCCGCGCUGCCUGACCAGUGCCGCGGAUUCCGGUGCCCCCACUGCGGACAGGGCGUGGUGUUCCACCCGGGUCCCUUGCGCGGCGGCCUGCUCUCAGAGGGGGUGUGCCCUGCCUGUGGGCGUGCCGCUGGGAAGCUGGCCGAGUGGCUGCUGGAGGAGGAGAGCUGGCUGCACCAGCAGCUGAAUGGCCUGGACGAGAGCACGGAGAAGAAGAGGAUCUCGAGCGUGCUUACCGAGAAGGAGGUCCAGCUCCUGCUGGCCAGGACGGGCGACGGCGAGACCGGCUCCGUGGGCCUCCAGCACUGGCUGUGCGACAGGCUGUGGGGCCACCUGGCAGACUGGUACGACCAGACGGGCCGGAGGGAGGACGCCCGGCGCAUGAUGCGCCGGCGCGUCGACUACCAGCGCAGGGCCUUCCAGGGCCUCAACGGGGAGCCUCGAAGAAGAAGCAGCGGCGUGAGCAUGAACUCGCGGAGCUCCGCGCGGAACUCUCGGAGCGGCGCUGGCCGCCCCUCCCCGGCGCGCGGAGCGCACCGGGGGCGGCAGCCUGCGGCGCCCCGCCAGUUGGGCCCAGCGCCGAUCCAAGAGGUCCGCGCGGGGAGCUCCGAGAGCUCAUGCUUGUGCGUCGUCGUCUCCUUCCUCGCAGAGCUGGCGUGGACCUUGGAGAGCCAGGCCGACAUGCUGCUCAGGCACCUCGGCGUCGAGCCGCGCGGCAAGCGCCCGCCUCACCUGGACGAGGCCGCCCGCGGCCGCGCCGCGGCGCAGGCGCUGCCCCUCCUGGAGGAGGCCACGGCGACGCUGCGGCAGAUGUUUGGGGAGCUGCACGAGUACCACCGGGACGUGGAGCGGAAGAGGGCGAGGCUCUCCUGCCACCUGAGCUCGGCGGCCACGGCGCCGCCGGCCCCGCCCGCGUAG